CGUAAAAUUAAAUUGACCAAUUAGACACGCAUGUCAGGUCAACGUCUCAAAUGACACCAAAAAAUAGAUUUAAAAUAUGAGACGUAGGUGCAACCCAGCUCGUUAUGAUCUGCAUAAUAGCCCUCUGUAUUCAUCUCAUGCUACUGCGUCCGGGAAAGAAGAGAACGAGAUAACUGUUCUUAUUGGCAAAGGAUUAAGCUUAUGAUUUAUUGGGGAUCUGAUAGCAGCAAUGUGGCAAUUAAACGCAGCAAGAUACUUUGAAAAAAAUAAUGUUCUAUGCCAAAUUGAGGAGGGUCUCUUUUUGGGUUCCAUUGGAGAUGCAAAUAACAAGGAUGCGCUGAAAAGCUCAAAUGUUACUCACGUCUUAACUGUGGCUAAUUUAGGGAAACCACCAUUUCCAAAUGAUUUUGUAUAUAAAGUUGUUGAAGUGAUGGACCGAGAAGACACAAACUUGAUGCUGUACUUUGAUGAGUGUUUCAAUUUCAUUGAUGAAGCGAAAAGACUGGGUGGUGGUGUGCUGGUCCAUUGCUUUAUGGGAAUAUCCAGAAGUGUAACUAUUGUGGUUGCUUAUCUGAUGAAAAAGCAUGGGAUGAGACUAUCUCAAGCUCUGGCACAUGUGAAGUGCAGACGACCACAGGCAGCUCCCAAUUAUGGUUUUAUUUCACAACUGCAACAGUUUGAACAAAAUCUUCAAGGUGCAUCAAAUUCAUUGUUACAGAGUUAAUGUAGAGUUGAAUUGUUCUUAUGACCUGCUGCAGCAAUACUAGUUCUAGCAGACUGUCUUAAUUACUAGUUUUUUUACGUUAAUGAAUUACUCUAUAGGUAAUGUAUGUUUAAACCUUAGACAGACAUUGAAUGGCAACAGAUCCCAGCAGACCCUUUACUUGAA